CCUUAACCCAUGGGACCGACCCCCACAAACCCACCCACCCCUCAUCCAUCCAUCCAUUCAUUCAUUCAUUCAACCCGCCCUCUUAUCUAUUUAUCUAUCUAUCUACUAUCUAUCUAUCAGAUAACCAUAACCAUCUCCACAUCAACAACCUGCCCCCCCUCCUCAACCACAAAACACCCUCUUUAAAUCAUAAAAAAUGCCCCCCACCCCCGAGAAAAGCAAAGAAACCCUAGAAGCCAAAUCAGCCUUCAGCGCGACGCUCCUCAACAUCGGCAGCACACAUGCCAGCCCGCUAGUGGAGCGCGCACACACCAUCACAGAGAAUGCCGCAGUGCUGGACAAGCAGCAAGCGGAGCUGGAAGCGCACACGGCUGCGCUGGCGAAGCAGAAUGAAAGCUGGGAUAAGUUGGCGGGGGAGGCGCGGGACGGAUUGAAGGAGAUCGGGGACGUGCAGAAUUGGGCCGAGGUGGUGGAGAGGGAGUUGUUGGUGUUGGAGGAGAUGAUGGGGUAUGUGGAGAGUAAGGGAGAUCAUGAUCAUGAUGGUGGGGAGGGGGAGGGGGAUGGGAUGAAUGGGGGUAUUGGUGAUGAUAGGAAUGGGGUGGGGAAGGGGAAGGGGAUUAGUAGUGAUACUGUUGAUGGUGGUGAUGAUGGUGGUACUACUAGUGGUAGUAGUAGUGAAAGUAGGAGUGGGAGUGGAUCAUCAUCGUGGUUCAAGUGGUGGUAGAAGGAACUCCUCAUGUGUAUAGGACAGAUAUUUACUUGGUGACUACUAUUGAAGUUAGGACAAGGGAAAUCUUCCAUUGCCCACAGAAAUACUUUAUACAGCCUUUAAUACCCUUCAAGAAAGGCAAAAGAUAUACUGCCCAUUUGAAAGGAGUAUCAAGACAAGAUCUCUUAUCAGCAUUACUACUAUUUUCCGCGAUAUUACUAUAGGAGACAU